CGGCGAGGCAGAAAAUGGAUUUCUUGGUGGUAGGACUUCAAUGAUGCAUGUGCUAAGAAGAGUACUAGGUAGUAUCGGUAUUCGAGGAAUGCGGAGGCAUCCAACCGCGAGAAAUGAUAUAGUGAUGAAACUUAGCACCACACUUACCCGCUUUCAAUAAAGUAGUUAGAAAAGUCCCAAAAAGGACAAACUGAUUCACAACUUAUAGCCGCCGUAACUAACCCUUGUCAAUCCCCACACUUGGCGCGGCCCGUUUCGGAUAGGAUCAUCCCACAAGAUGAUCUUGUUUCGACGUCAUUUCAAUCACUGCGCUUCCUGUCUUCUAUACACUUCCUUUCAUCUGUUAUUCCCUCUAUAUUAGUUCGCUUGGCCAAACUCGGUGAUAGACACUCUACUCCUGGGAGAGUUCGACGCCUGGAGCGCGGGGGCGUAGUCUUCUUAUGGGUCUUCAGACUCUGCCAACCCGGCUCCGUUUCAUGGGCUUCACCGUCUAUCGGAAUGGCCGGCUUUCCAAAUAUAAUAGUGAUAUGGAGAUUGUGACGAUGUUGUGAUAUCGUCCAUACAUAUGUUCAUUUUUUGAAUUAUUUCACAUCAUAUUUGCUUGCUCUGAGUCUCUUGUUACCCUGUUCCACCGGAGGAGAUGGCUUUUCAAAGAUCCAUAUAUUGCUGCACUUGAGAUAGCAGCCAUAUCCAAUUUCUUUCAUUGUGAAUUAACGUAGUUUUUCCUUAUCAUAUAUACCCACAUUUUCUUAUAUCUUGUCAAGCCUGCUGCCUGCGGUACAGGCUAGGGCUUUGAAUUUCCAAAGCGUCUUCCAGGUUUCGAGGUUUGCUCCGUUGCAAGGAUAAGGGGCAUUUCUAUCACCUGUUGAUAAAAGUUAGCACAUUCAUCCGUUUCGUGCGGUAGCUUUAUCUUCACCACUUCGAAUAACUCAGCAUUUUGGCAUGUCCCACGCGUUGCAGAAGUCCACUCUCCCCAGCAGGGAAGCAUAAGGGGACAGAGCUUACUGGAGUCUUGCUAUCCAGAGUCUUAUUCCUGCACCUGAGUUGCUUCAUAUUGAGGUAACAGGUUCUCUUCUGCUCAGGUUAACGCGGUAUAGAACACCGUCGAUAUUUUUGGAAGGAGCCUGAGCAGCGCAUUGCUGCUUGGCACGUGACAAACACACGGAGACGUUUUCUGCUUGCCAACCCCCCGUCCUUCGAACAGCUCGAUUAGGCCCUUUUCCUGUUUUUAAUUAUGAUGAAGAGAAUAUAAAUGCACAGGGGAUAUUCUCGCCGAUUUUUGGUGUCUUUCGGAGCCUUGCUGCGUGAGUUAUGGGGUGUUUUAGUUGCUUUUUGGUCCUUUCCUUAUAAGCCAGUUUAAGGGUAUAACGGGUAUACUCCACAGCCUGGUUACCCGGCCUGGUCUAAUGGUUAACUCAUGCACACGGUAUAAGCCCGGCUUACAAGUACCUGGUACUUAGCAACGCAUACGGCAUCACACCACGACAGCGCCAUUUAGAUGUCUCAGAAAAGGUACCGCUGGUGGGUGAGAAACCAACCCUUCAGGGCAGAGUUUCAUAGCAAUGAGGCCGCAAGACCUCAUUGUGAGCUUUUACCACCUCCAGAAAAGUUGAAUUUAUUCUCUCUCAACCUUUCUGAUUAAUUUGAAUGUGGAUUGAGCCUGUGAUCUCAAUAAUUCAGGGUGGAAAUCUACAUGUACCUCUUGUAUGGUCACCCCUUUGUACCUCGCGUACUUGUCUUCGAAAUCCAGGGGCUGGGUUCGAUUCCUAUUCACUCCAUUUUGUCUAGCAAACAUGCUCAUCACUCCACAAUUGUUUGUAGGGGUUGUUCUUGUCAUAAUAAUUGAGUAACGGUGAGAUGAUUCACCUAGAUUUUUUUUUUCCCUCUCGAUUUCGAAAGAUAGCCCCUGAAUAAGCCGGAAUAUGUCAUCUGCCACGUUUUCAACCUGCGCAAUUUGUCCCAAACCAUAUCUCCUAUAGCAUUUAUUUCAUUUUUAUUCCAUUCGAAAGCUGAAUUCCAGAAGUAUCCAGUUUUAUGUUCUUUUACUCAAUUUUCUCGUUGGUGGGAGCUUAAAUCGCGCUUGUUGCUGUUGCAACCCCGACAUGUGUUCAUCGUGCUGUCGCUGAAUGAUCAUCACCACCAUGUUGAGCCGCGGUCGGCAUCACUAACUACCGUUUUCAGCCACAGUCUCAUUCCUUAUCUCACAUCGUCUAAAACAACAUCGAUUUCUCUCUCGCUCGAAGCGUUAUUCCCCCCCUCUCCCUUCUUACCGCCAUGGAGGAAUUCAACUCCCAAGAACUAUUUGUAGUAGAGCAGAGGUAGCCCUUGGGUCCCUCAUCGUCGUAGCUCAGUUUUGUUUACUUCGAUCAUUUUUACUAUCUAGAUCUACCCGAUUUUGGUUCAGUUCGAACUUUAAGCGGAACCGUGCCACGGGUUCGUGAUAUGGUCGGAAGGCUAGGAUACCUCGUUCCAACGGUCGCAUACCAACUUUGUUUGCCAAACUAAACACUGCAUUAUCUACUUCUACAAUGACGACAAAAGUAAUUUUUUGAACUAUAGGAUAAACGCGAGAGGUCACCUUUUAUUAGCGCUGGCUAGGAAGUAAUAAAAUUUGCGGCGUCUCAGGGCACUACACAUACUACAACGAUUUGACCUCCUUCACUCCACGCCUUGUUCUAUAUUUGCACCAUGCUCAUAUGAGACAGCUCUGUUUUGGGUCUCCCCCACUCUCCACCGUCUUACCGCACCAUAAAAGCGAACAUGAGGCGGUCUUUAAGAUCUAAAGAAAGGGUCUGCCUGGCAGAUCGGAUGAAAAAUGGUAGACGCCUAUUGUAUCUACGCCGUAGAGCAUCCGAACGUUCAAGCAGCCCUUCUCGCCGCACAGUCAAUAUAGAAUAUCUAGAUUCCCCAUACACGCCGGACGUCCGCAUCCAUAUCGUCGAGAUCGCUAACUCUUCUACUACAACCAUACCUGAUAUCAAAAGAAAUGAAAGCGUAUUCGCAAAGCUCAAGCGACAUAUCUGCCCUCUAUUCCGGCGGAAAGACACUGAUACUCGCGACCAGCCGGGAGAUGAAACCAAGCCAGUUCAUCAACCAUCUCGCAGCCACAACGAUCCACAGCCCCCAGCGAUGAACGAGAAGCCAAACCGACGAUCGGGCUUCGCAUUCCUGCGCAAGUUCUUCAGAUCCCAGACGGAAGCCAGCCUCAAACAGCUCACCUCUUCUACAUCCCUUAACUCUACCGAGCAGCAACUGUUAUAUCAAAAUUCAUAUGCUAUGACUCCGAGACCCAACAUUGAAACAGCCGGAUUCGGCCCCUUUGUCGCCCAGCACAUUGCUCCCUCGACUAUCUCUACAGCUGGCCUGGCCCUAACUGCCUCUACAGCUAACUUGGAUCUGAAUGACUGGGCGUCCUUGGCUGCUUUCCCUAAAAGCCGUCUCUCAGGCGCAAAGCAAACGGUUGCUUGUCAGAUGUCGCCUUCCGCCAUCCAUACCAGAGCCUGGGAUUCUGAGAAUGCGGGUGGAAUUGAAAAAGGUGAAAUUUAUGACCCACGUUGCAAUGUAAUUAAGUGGCUUGAAGAGUUACAGGAACCAUCUUGUCUUCGUCGCGUUGCGGCAGUGCAGGAUUUACGAGGGCUCCAGGCAUCUCAUUCUACCUAGGCCUAGGGGUAGAUGGGGAUAGAUUUGUCAAGUCAUUCUCUAAGAAAAUUUCGUGGUAUGAACGGAGGGGAGGGUAGGGUUCGGGUUGACGGGAUUUUAAGUCGCACCAAGUUCCUCGGCUUUUUUAUUUUCUUGUUCUAUAAUAAUGGUUACUAAUUUAAUAAUGGCGUAACUUUGGCUGGGAAAUUAUGCUUUGUUGUUGAAAUAAACUUAGUAUGUUCUUUGCAUACUGCUAUUUUACAUUCGUGUUGGUUAUUUUCACUUAUGGGCUUCCUGUAUUGAGGAGAUAUAUAUAUGUCUAUAUCCAUUUCUAUGACUUUGGUUCAGUCUGUUUUAAAGCACGCAAUCCGAAUAAAAGCAAGCAGCAGCAUUAAUUUUAGAGUAGACAGCUUUUACAGAAAUAUUCUAUUUAGGUGCAAUAGCAAAAGACUUUUUGU